UUGCAGUUGUAUUAUAAAUAGAUAGGGAUUACCACACUAGAGAAUGGCCGCCAUUGUAGUUUCUUUAGCUUCAUCUUCCUCCCGGUCUCUUUCCCUUCUCCGCAUUCCAUCCAUCGCUUUCUCUUCUUACACCCUUUUCACAAAGUUACCAUCUUUUCCUCUCUUGGGUCUCUCGCCUGCCGUCCCAUCCUUGCGUUCUCACAGAGGAAAACGAAUGGCGCACGUCCUUGCUCAAGCUACUCUCGGUCUUACGCAACCUAAUCUCAUCGAAUCCCACAAGAUCUCGUUUGCUGCGAAAGAGAUCGAUCUGGUUGAAUGGAAAGGAGACAUACUUGCAGUGGCUGUGACUGAAAAAGACUUGGCUAAAGAUGAAAGUUCGAAAUUCCAGAACUCGAUCCUGAACAAACUAGAUUCCCGUCUAGGUGGGUUAUUGGCCGAAGCUUCUUUAGAAGAGGAUUUUACUGGGAAAUCUGGGCAGAGUACAGUUCUUCGACUUCCGGGUCUUGGAUCGAAAAGAGUUGGACUGAUCGGGAUUGGUAAUAAUUCUUCAUCCACUGCUGCUUACCGAAGUCUUGGUGAAUCUGUAGCUGCAGCUGCAAAGGCUGCUAAGGCCAGCAAUGUUGCAGUUGUGCUUGCAUCUCCUGAUGCACUAUCGGCUGAAUCAAAACUUUCUACUGCUUCUGCAAUUGUCUCUGGUACCGUGCUGGGGACUUUUGAAGAUAGUAGGUUUAAAUCUGAUUCAAAGAAACCAACUCUCAAAUCUGUGGACAUUUUUGGUCUUGGAACUGGACCCGAGUUGGAGAAGAAGCUGAAAUACGCAGAAGAUGUUUGUUCAGGGAUAAUUCUUGGAAGAGAACUCGUAAAUUCGCCUGCCAAUGUGCUUACCCCAGCUGUAUUAGCAGAAGAGGCUUCAAAGAUUGCCUCCACUUACAGUGAUGUUUUUACUGCAACGAUCUUGGAUGAAGAAAAAUGCAAAGAAUUGAAAAUGGGUUCAUAUCUUGGUGUUGCUGCUGCUUCCACAAAUCCUCCUCGUUUUAUUCACUUGUGCUACAAACCACCUAGUGGUCAAGUGAAGACCAAGUUGGCAUUGGUGGGCAAAGGCUUGACCUUUGACAGUGGAGGCUACAACAUCAAGACAGGACCGGGUUGCUCUAUUGAGCUUAUGAAGUUUGAUAUGGGCGGGUCAGCUGCAGUCUUUGGUGCUGCUAAAGCUCUUGGUCAGAUUAAGCCUGAAGGAGUUGAGGUUCAUUUCAUUGUUGCUGCUUGUGAGAAUAUGAUUAGUGGAACAGGUAUGAGACCUGGAGACAUCUUGACAGCAUCAAAUGGAAAGACAAUUGAGGUCAAUAACACUGAUGCUGAAGGUAGACUUACCCUUGCGGAUGCUUUGGUGUAUGCCUGUAACCAAGGCGUUGAGAAGAUUGUUGAUCUAGCAACAUUAACUGGAGCCUGUGUAGUUGCUCUUGGACCAACAAUUGCAGGUGUAUUUACACCUAGCGAUGAUCUUGCAAAAGAGGUGAUAUCUGCUUCAGAAGCUGCGGGCGAGAAGCUUUGGAGGAUGCCUAUAGAAGAAAGCUAUUGGGAAUCCAUGAAAUCGGGAGUAGCUGAUAUGGUCAAUACUGGUGGUCGACCUGGUGGAGCUAUAACUGCAGCACUUUUCUUGAAGCAGUUUGUUGAUGAGAAGGUUCAGUGGAUGCACAUUGACUUGGCCGGGCCAGUCUGGAACGACAAGAAGAAAGCUGCCACUGGAUUUGGGGUUUCCACUUUGGUAGAAUGGGUCAUCAGCAACUCAUCAUCAAAAAAUUGAUCUUGAUGGCCAUUUUAAACAAAACUUACUUGAUCUUGUUCCUGGUUGCUGGAUUAUGUGAAUAAAAUUGCUAAUAAUUGAGAUCAAGAUGGAUUUUGUUUCAGUAAAAACAAUAUUUAAUUGCCAUGAAAUCUGAACAAAAGGGUUUAUCCAUAUUUUUUUGUUUACAACAACUUUUACUUGAGAAAAAAGUUUUUAAGUUUAUUUUU